GAAAAAAGAAAACGUUUCUCCCAAAGAAAAAUCAAUAGAAAUCUCCCAACUGGCGUGGGCAGUCUGCCAGUCUCUCCCAGUCCGCAGGUGUUAGAAAAAAAAGUUUGAUUCAGAAAGUUGCCAUUGGAAUGGCGAUUUCCAUCUCUAGAGUUGGAAGAAGGCGUUGGAUUGGGCAAAGACCAUGGCGCAAUCGAUUCCCUUUCAGAUUCUCUUCCCGACGGCUCUUUCGUCUCACUAUUCUAUGCCUCGCUUUCAUCGCAAUUCUCCCUCCCAUUUACUUCCAUUUCAAGCUCAAGCGCUUUCAGCAGAUGCAACAAAGGAAGUGCAAAUGGCUGAAUCAUCCGCCUCUUGUGUGUGCUCAUGGCGGCGACUCAUCCAAGGCCUUUCCCAACACUAUGGAUGCUUAUAACAAAGCUCUUCGUUCUCAAGCCAACUGCAUUGAAGUUGAUGUUUCUCGUUCUUCAGAUGGAGUCUUAUUUGCUCUUCAUGACAGGGACUUGCAGAGGAUAACUGGAUCCAAUACUUCCAAAGUUGGAAAUUUUAGCAUGAAAGAGAUAAAAAAUCUUGGUGCUUUUUAUCAACACAUUCAUAAAUUGCUGGAUUUCAACAUUCCUACAGUUGAAGAAGCUUUGGUGCUAAUGGCAAAAUCAGUUCAGCAGGUGAUUCUAGACGCAAAGGUUGGACCACCGUCAUAUGAAAAUGGGCUUGCAAAAGAUAUCAUUUCUGUUGAAUCCUUUUUUUUUUUUUUUUUUUUAUUUCUAUUCACUUCUCAGAAUCAAGACUGCCAAACCUUCCAGCUCUAUGACCCCGCACUCCCCACCAAAGUACAAGGAAAGAUUUGGUGCUUGUUUAAAGCUAAUAAAGAUGUAAGGGAUAGGGUGGUUCUCAUUGAGUCAGUCGGUUGGGAGUUGGUGUCCAGAUUAUGUGGUGAGGGGACUGGGAAUUUUCAGGUCGAGAAGACAAAAUGUAAAAAUUGUCUUGUCUGGGCGAAGAGUGAUAGCUUAGCAAGGGACGUAAUCAGAUUAUCAUCGGAUAUUAAGGUGGGGUAUAUUGUAAUGAUGGACCCAACUACAGGGGAACGAACCAACUUGCUGAGAAUGAAAGCAGCCAAGGUGGUUGGUGUCUAUCAUCCUUUGAUUGAUGAAAAUCUUAUGCGAAUACUGCACAGGAGAGAUAAAAACGUGUAUGCAUGGACAGUUGAUGAUUCCGAUUCGAUGAAAAGAAUGUUAGCCGAGGGAGUAGAUGCUGUCGUUACAAGCAACCCGACAUUACUUGGAAGUGUAAUGCAAGAUACCAGAACUACAUGCCUUGAGAAUGGUUUUUCAUUAUCGUGAUAUCGAAAUCCAUUUAUGGAAGUACUUCAACUUCCAAACUCCUAAGCAAGCUAUUCUUUCUUUCCUUUUCCCUUUUAUUACCCUCCAACUUGUUCCUCAUAUCUUCUGUUGGCCUUGAGAAUGGUUUUUCAUUUUCAUCAUGGUAUCGAAAUCCAUUUAUGGAAGUACUUCAACUUCCAAACUCCUAAGCAAGCUAUUCCUUCUUUCCUUUUCCCUUCUAUUACCCUCCAACUUGUUCCUCAUAUCUUCUGUUGUUGUUUCUAACAAGAAAUACCCUCUGUUAGUCUUUCAUAAAUCAUAUAUAUAUAUAAUAUAUAUCUCAUACCAA